AUGCAUAAAUCUAGUCAAGUUCUAAAUACUACUACUCAUACUACUCAUACUACUACUACUACUACUACUACUACUACUACUACUACUACUAAUAAUAAUAAUAAUAAUAAUAAUAAUAAUAAUAAUAAUAAUAAUAAUAAUAAUAGUAAUAAUAAUAAUAUGAAUGAUGAUGGCAAUUUAGUAAACGUUAUUAAAAAUUAG